GCCGGGCGGUGCCGAGCCGGAGCCUGGACCGUAGCCCUCGGAGCUGAGCCCCAUGGAGGGGAAAGGGCCUCACCGCAUCUACGACCCAGGGGGCAGCGCCGAGGCCUCGGCCGCCCUCGAGCGCCUGACGGAGGAGAACUCCCGCCUGAAGGAGCAACUGCAGGGCAUGAGGACACUCGGACAGCUGCUGGGUGAGUCGCAGAUGGAGGCCUUGCGGCUGCGGCAGAAGGCAGAGGCCCUGGUGGGGGACAGCCCCCCACUGUCGGCGGCAGCCGAGCCCGCAGGAAAGGACGCCGCUGUCCCCACUUGUCCCCCUGACCCCACGCAGCCCAGAGAGACGCCCGAGCUGGCCCCCAGGCCCCCGUCCAGCGGCUCCUCCUCCGAGUUUGAGCUCGUGGGCCCCGAGGAGCAGAGCCCCCCCGGGGGAGCCUCGUCCGUCCAGGAGCCCGGCGGCCCGGCCAGCGAGAACCUCCAGCUACACCUGCAGCGUCUGGAGAGCGCCCUGAGCGUGUGCGCCCGGGAGCCCGACCACGGCCAGCUCUUCACGCACCUGGGCCGCAUGGCGCUCGAGUUCAACCGGCUGGCCGCCAAGGUGCACAGCAACGAGACAAGGACCUCCGCGCUGCAGGCCCUGUGUGAGCAGCUACGGCAGGAGAACCAGGUGCUGAAGGCCAAGCUGGACCAGGGCCUGGAGCAGCGCAGCCAGGCGGCUCAGCAGCUGCGGGAGGAGAACGCGGAGCUGAGGCGGCGGCUGGGCGAGGACCCGGAGGGCGGCCCGGCAGCGGCGGCAGCGGCGGGUGGGCGGCAGGCGAAGCCCCCCGAGCUGGGCGCGGCUGAGAAGAAGGUGAAGAUGCUGGAGCAGCAGCGCCUGGAGCUGCUGGACGUGAACAAGCAGUGGGACCAGCACUUCCGCUCCAUGAAGCAGCAGUGCGAGCAGAAGAUCACCGAGCUGCGCCAGAAGCUGGCGGCCGCGCAGGGCCAGGUGGCCGCGCUGGAGGCCGAGCGCGAACAGAAGCAGCGCGACUUCGACCGCAAACUGCUGCUGGCCAAGUCCAAGAUCCAGACCGAGGAGACCGACAAGGAGCAGCGCGCGGCCGAGGCCCAGGAGCUGCGGCGCGAGGUCCAGGCGCUGCAGGACCGGCUGGGCCCGCUGACCCUGCAGCGCGACCACCAGGAGCGCGAGAUCCAGCGGCUCAACAAGGCCCUGGAGGAGGCGCUCAGCCUGACCCCCGCCGAGGUGGGCAGCCGCCUCCGGAAGCAGGACCUGGUCACGCAGAACGAGCUGCUCAAGCAGCAGGUGAAGAUCUUCGAGGAGGACUUCCGGCGGGAGCGCAGUGACCGCGAGCGCAUGAACGAGGAGAAGGAGGCGCUCAAGCGCCAGCUGCGCCAGCUGCGGGCCCAGGUGCCCGUGGAGAGCUUCCCGGAGCACUUGUGCGGGGCCUGCCCCUGCCCCUACGUGCACCCGGCCCUGCCCGCGCGCGGCCCGGACGACUGGGCCCAGAUCCACUACCCUCCGCCGCCCAACGCCUGCGCCUGCCACACGGAGCACCCCUGGCGGCCAGUAUGCACCAGGCCACACCACCACACCCCGCAGGCGCCGGCCUCCCCCCCUGCCCAGCCCGCAGACCCAGAAUGACCUGGAGGAGCCUUAGCGAGACGGUGUCGGAGCCGCUGACUGCCCGUCACUGCAGCGUGUGCAAAAGGCCCGGCCGGGGGGAGGUGCCCCCCGGCCGCCCGUCGAGGGAGUGGGCUGCCAGCCGACCCUGCCAACACGCCCAGGGCAAAUGCCCGUCCGUGCCUCUGCCUUCUGCUUCAGCUGUAGCCCGGGACCCCGCGGGGCUGGACGCGGUCACAGCAUCCAGCCGCCGUGGGCCUUGGCAGAGCCCGGGGCUGGGCCGGGCUUGCGCUGCCCGGCAACUGUUUGCACAGAUCUUGAACAUAAACCCAACCGUGAAGGACA